AUGGCUCCCCCCACGAACCCAGAGGGAACCCCAAAAGAGCCCUUUGAGCCACGCGCAAGCCAGCACCCAGCACUUCAUCCAGACAUUACCAAUGUGCCCGUCACGCCCGGCGUGCAUCUGGACGGCGGUUCCGCAUACUUUGAAAACCCCGCCACCAACCAUGACAACAAUCUACCCUUCGAUCCAGAGACGGCCACACCGGGACCCUCGUGGAAUGCCAACUCCUAUUUCUCAAACCAACAGAGGGCCACGGCCGACGCCCCUACAGAGGCAAGCGCAGGCGCGCGAACAGAGGGGGAGCUUUCUGAGAAGCUGGGCAGCGUCCCCAUAUUCAAUGGCAAAAAGGAUCUGGCAGAUACGGAUCCCCGAGCUGCUCACCCAGGCCUCAACCUGAGUGGUGGUGUAAUCAGCGCGACGUUUGCCAUACCAUACAGCCUUGGGUUUUCCCCUGGCAACGAUUGGGAGAUGAACCCGCGUCGAGGAACUUCUGCCUUGUUCGACUCCUUCUCCUACCUAGCUUCCUCAUCAUCACCAUGGAACCAUACGCUUGUGGGAUGGACAGGUGAACUUGCCAGCGCAACAGCUGCUGGGCCUGCAGAAGCACCCAUCAACAGAGCUGCUGCGCCCAUCCCAGUCGAUCCAAAGACGCCCAUCCCCGCGCCUCAACAACCAACUGGAAUGCGUAUUGGGCGCGAAGACCGUGAACGCCUCGAGAGACAACUUGAGCGCGACCAUGGUGGGAAGAUUGUCCCCGUCUGGCUAGUCGAUGAAGUGGAUGAGGGAAAAGACGAGUUUGUGGUCAAGAAGGACCAAAGCCACUGGCGGACCUAUGCAGAACACGAGCUAUACACCAUGUUCCACUACAAACAAAACGAGCCAGCAGAUGGACGUGCUGCCCGCAAGUCUUGGGCAGACUACUACCGCAUGAAUAAGCUUUUUGCGGACAAGAUCCUCGAAAUCUACAAGCCAGGAGACAUAGUCUUGGUCCACGACUAUCCGCUCUUGCUUCUACCCAGUCUGCUCCGCCAGCGCCUGCCCAACAUUUACAUUGGAUUCUUCUUACACAUUCCCUUCCCCAGUAGUGAAUUCUACAGGUGUCUUAGCAGGCGCAAGGAGAUUCUCGAGGGGGUAUUGGGUGCAAACAUGAUCGGAUUCCAAUCAUAUAGCUAUUCACGUCAUUUUUCUUCUUGCUGCACCAGAAUAUUGGGCUUCGAUUCGUCCUCGGCAGGUGUCGAUGCUUACGGAGCUCACGUGGCUGUGGACGUAUUCCCCAUUGGUAUCAAUGCGGUCUCGACGCAGAGGCAAGCGUUUGGCGAUCCAGAAAUCGAUGAACGAAUCAAGGGGAUACGCGAAAUGUACGCUGGAAAGAGGAUCAUUGUCGGUCGCGAUCGCUUGGACGCUGUUCGUGGAGUCGUGCAGAAACUACAAGCCUUUGAGAUGUUUUUUGAAAAGUAUCCUGAAUGGCAAGGCAAAGUCGUCCUCAUUCAGGUCACGAGUCCUAGCGGGGUCCGCACGGAUCGUGGCGAUGGCGCUCAAGAGAAGGUGGUCAAUAAGAUUUCAGAUCUGGCCGCCAAGAUCAACGGGGUAUACGGCACACUCGACUACACACCAGUUCGCCACUUUCCGCAGUACUUGUCUCGCGAAGAGUACUUUGCUCUGCUCCGGAUUGCAGACAUUGGCCUCAUCACCAGUGUCCGCGAUGGCAUGAACACGACGAGCAUGGAAUACGUCAUCUGCCAAAAGGACAACCAUGGGCCGUUGAUUCUUUCGGAAUUCUCGGGAACUGCAGGCUCUCUGAGUGGCGCGAUACACAUCAACCCAUGGGACCUGGGAGGCGUAGCCGAUGCCAUCAACGGCGCAUUGAAGCAAGGUCCAGAAGAGCGUGCAGAACAACACAAGAGGCUAUACAAUCACGUUGUUUCCAACAAUGUUCAGUCAUGGACAAACAACUACUUGAAGAAGCUCAUGACGAACCUCUCGUCAUUCGAUCAGUCGUUUGCUACACCAGUGUUGGACCGGGCCAAGCUGCUUUUCCAGUACCGACAAGCGAAGAAGCGGCUGUUCAUGUUUGAUUAUGAUGGCACGCUGACACCUAUUGUCCAAGAUCCGUCAGCAGCUCUCCCGUCUGAUCGGGUCACCCGCACCUUGAAGAUGCUAGCGGCUGAUCCGGCCAAUUCGGUAUGGAUCAUCAGCGGCAGAGACCAAGCAUUCUUGAACGAGUACCUGGGCCACAUACCCGAGCUGGGUCUCAGUGCAGAGCACGGCAGUUUCAUGAGGAACCCGCGAAGCGAUGUUUGGGAGAAUUUGACGGAGAAGACCGACAUGAGCUGGCAGCAAGAAGUGCUUGACAUUUUCCAGCACUACACGGACUGCACGCAAGGGGCCUUUAUCGAACGGAAGAAGAUUGCGCUGACAUGGCACUAUCGGCGAGCCGAUCCCGAGUACGGCGCAUUCCAGGCGCGGGAGUGCCAAAAGCAUCUGGAGCGCACGGUGGCCAAGAAGUACGAUGUGGAAGUCAUGACUGGCAAAGCCAAUCUCGAGGUUCGGCCCAAGUUUGUCAACAAGGGUGAGAUUGCAAAGAGACUUGUGCAUGAAUAUGGCAGCCGGCCGGGAGAGCCUCCUGAGUUUGUGCUUUGCCUGGGCGAUGAUUUCACAGACGAAGACAUGUUCCGAUCAUUACGGCAGUCGGCAUUACCGUCGGACCACGUCUUCUCGGUGACGGUGGGUGCAAGUUCAAAGCAAACGUUGGCAAGCUGGCAUCUGGUGGAGCCUUCGGAUGUGAUUUCGGUCAUCUCGUUGUUGAAUGGUGCGGCGGAUGCAGGCAAUGUUGGGGCGGUUGCGGUUGUCGAUGGGACUGUGCCGGAGAGUCGUGCUCAGAGUUGA